AUGAACAAUAAAUUCUUUGGAAUCUCACUCAAUAAUAAAAAAAACUUUGAGGCAAUACCUCAACUAGUUUUUUCUAAUUAUUAGUGCAAAAUAAUUAAUAAUAUUCUUUAAGUAGAAUUAACUUAAAGAUUUUAAGAUUAAAAUAAUUUUGACUCUAACUUGAAAAUCUAUGACUCUAAUGAGGCUAUUUACUAUCUUCCUGUUGAUUAGAAUAUUUGUAUUGAAUCUUUCUAGGCUACUAUAAAUGGUAAGACUGCAAAAGGUGUUGUAAAGAAGAUCAAUGAGGCUAAAGAUCUUUACUUAUAAGGUAGAUAAGAAGGUAAUAUAGUAGGCUAUUGUGAAAAAAAGAUCUUCUAAAGGGAAGUAGGAGAGUGUCUUGAAAUCAGAUUAGGAAAUAUCCCUCAAAAAUUUUGUAUUGAUAUCAAAUUAAAAUAUUCUUAGCAGCUCUAAGUAAUUUUAAACACUUUUUAUUCAGUUGAUUUAUCUCUAGUUUUAAAAGAAUCACAUGAGCAAAUUAAUUAGAAUUCUUUUAUCUUAGAUCUUCUAUGCUCUUAAAAGAUAACUUUCUUUAAAAAUUUUGGAAUCUCUUUACUUGUAUAGCAGGUUGAUGAGAACCACACAGCUUUUUAUACAAGGUAAUUAGAUAGAUCUUAAACACAAAUUUGUUAAGAAGGAGGAUAAAUAGUUUAGUUCAAACUUAUUUAUUAGUUUGAAAAUAUGCAUGUUCCUUAAGUUCUCUAUGGAGCUUGUGAAAGUUAGGUUCACAUAAAUAAAGAUGAUAAAUCCAAUAAGCAAAUUGAUGUUUAAAAUAACUCGUUUAUGAUAUCUUUUGUUCCUGAUUUUAAUUUUAAAUUUAAAUCUUAAAUUAAUGAUGCAAUUGUUUAGUCAAUUGCAGAAAAUUAAAAUAUAUUUUCUCAAGAAUAUCUUAACUCUUUUAAUCAAUAAAUAAUAGAUUAGACAGAUUCCUCUAAAUGUGAGUUUAUAUUUCUUUUAGAUAGAAGUGGAUCUAUGUCUGGAUAAAGUAUUUAAAACGCUAUUGAAGCUCUUAUUUUAUUCAUCAAAAGUUUACCUUUAGAUAGCUAUUUUAAUAUUUAUAGCUUCGGUACUGAAUUUUCUAAGCUCUUUGAUUAAUCACAAAAGUAUUCUAACGAAAACGUAGAAUUAGCCUUAAAUGAAAUAAUUACUUAUUCUGCAAAUUAUGGUGGAACUAAUAUAUACCAACCUUUAAGCGAGAUUUUUAAUCAACCAUAUGUAAAGGGUUAUGGAAGGUAAAUUUAUAUAUUGACAGAUGGAUAAAUUGAAAACAAAGAAAAUGUGAUGCAUUUAAUAUAAUCUAAUAACAUUAGUAAUAGAGUUCAUGCUAUAGGUAUUGGACUCUAUGUAGAUAAAGACCUUAUAAUCCAGUCAGCUAAAUCAGGUAAGGGUUGCCAUGCACAUGUUACAGAUUAAAGUCUUAUCUAAGAAAGUAUUAUUAAUAUCUUAUAAAAUAGUAUUUCCCCUAUUUUAGAAGAUGUAAAACUAUCUUAUAAUAAAGAGAUAUUUAACUCUUAAUACCCAAAAGAAGAUUCAUUAUACUGUUUAUUUAAAAACGAUUUAUUUACUUUUACACUCUUUUUAAAAUCUGGUAUUGAUUUUGAUAGUCUAAAUGAUGAAAAUAAAUUGGUAAAGAUAUAAUACUUUGAUACUACUAUAAAUUAAAAAGUAGAAAAAACAAUUAUCCUAGAGCCUUAAGAUGCCCAUAAAUAUGAUCCUAGUUUGAAUAAGACUGUAUUUAAAUUAGGAAUUCACCAAAAACUUUGCUAGCUUUCUAACAUUUUAAAAAUAAAGAAUUAAAUUUUAAGUUAAGAAUAAGAAAUCUAAUAAUUAGUUAAUGAAUCUAUUGAGCAUCAGAUAUUAACUAGCUACACUUCAUAUUUCUGUGAAAUUGAGUAAAUUACUGAUGAAAAAAGAAUAUAGUAUUUUGUAGACCAAUAUUUACCUUAAAAUGAUUAAAAAUUAAAUAAAGCAAGUAUAUAAAAUCACUACAAUUAUAAUUAUUUUGUAGGUAAUAAAAAUUUUAUUGAUAAGACGUAAGUUUUAAAAAGCAAUGAUUUGUUAGAAGAUAGAAGCAGAAGUAGAAGUAGAGAGAGAUUGAGGGUUAGAGAGAAUAGAAGUAAGUAUUUAACUGAUCUAAUUGAUGAUGAAAUUAAUAAGAAAAAAAUAUUCUAAAAUAAUUCAAAUUAAUGUUGUGCAUCAAGAUAUCGAUAAAAUAUGUAAUAUUAAACAUUUAAUGAUACAAAAAAUAAUAAUAAUUUCAAUUCCCUUUAGCUCUCUUCCUAUGUAAAUUAAAAUCUUAAUUCAUAAAAUACUAAUUCUUUUAAUAAGGAUUUGCUUAAAAUUCAAAAAGUUGAAUUUGUGGAUAAUUAAAGUAAAUUAUAAAUAAAUACUUUUUCAUAAAGUAGCUUCUAAAAUAUCAAUAAUCACUAUAAAUUAGGAUCUUUAGAUUUAUAAAAUAUCAUAAAAUAAGUAACAGUAGAAGGAAAGUGGAUAUUCAACUAAUAGGUUGUUCUUGAUAUUACUAAAUGCACAUAAGAUAAACUUGAAGAAACCUUGAAAUUAUUUUAGCAAAAAGAUUUGUUCAUGACCAUACUAAUGAUUUGGAUUUUAGAGAACUAUUUUUAAAAAGAAAAGCAAUAAUGGUAAAUGAUAGCCAAUAAAUCAAAUAAAUUUAUACAGUAACAAAUUAAUGAUUACAAUUUAUUUGAAUAAUAUAAAUAAAUAGUUUCUGAUUUUUGUAAAACUCAAACAGCUUGA